GCACCCCUCACCAAGUCCCACAAACCAAACCCCCUUUCAUCUCCAUCUCCCUUUACAACGGUCUUCAAAAUCUUGGCUCCCUCCAACAACCUCUCCCCCAAAAUACUUAAAAACACAAAAAAAAAUAAACCCUCCAUUUUUCAUUUUUCUCUCUUAAACACACACAGAGUCGCUCAAACCUUGUGUUAGUAAUCCAAUUAAUCCAAACAGAGAGAUAUGGAAAUAAUGUCUUCGAAUUUCGAUCACGAUAAUCAGGAUCCUACUGUUUUAUGUCACAACGCUUUCAUUUUCCGCCCUUAUUCUUCUUCUUCUUCAUAUCACAAGCUUCAUAAGCAACGUCUCAAUUUAUCUAUUCUAAAAUUAGACGGUUCUUCCUUCGGAAUUCAGGUUUCUAUGAAUGCUAGUGUAGCAGAUCUUAAACUGGCGUUAGAGGACUUUUUUACUUUGUUGCCUAAUAACAACACUUGCAUUGUUUCCUGGUCACAUGUAUGGGGGCAUUUUUGUUUGUGUUACCAAGGUCAGAAGCUGCUUGAUGAUAAGGCUAAUAUACGAAGACUUGGAAUCAAGGAUGGUGAUCAGAUUAAAUUUGUUCGUCAUGUUUCAACCAACCAUCGACCAAGACAACAAAUUAAGAAUCAAAGUGAUGAGUGGAGACGUUGUUCAGUGUCAAAUGUUCAUGAAGAUGGAGAAUUGGUUGAUGCAAGUAACUCUGAAUUCGUGAAAGAUCAAGGGACUAACAUAUAUCAGUGUCAAUGUGAAGAAGACGACUCAGUUUUUAUGCCUGGGUCGAAACUAACAAACUUUCUAAAAGGGUGGUUUUCAUACCGAAAAUUGCGUAAUGGUAAUGUGUGACUGAUGAAUUCGUUAGACACAGGGCGAUUUUGGGAUGGUCCAAAAGCAGCGUAUAUUUGCCACCCUAAACACAUUUUUUUGGCAACUUAAGUUGAGCUAGUAUAAUGUUAAACACAGUUGUUCUUUGUGUAACUUGUGUAGUUGUGCUAGUAUAGUCCUGGUUUCUGGAUUUAACAGAAUAGACAAAAUAUUGACUUUCUUUUUUCAAGAAUACAAAAAAAGCUACCAACUGUAUUCAGCUUUGAAGUACAAAUAGUGGGUUGAUAUAAACCCAUUGUAUCA